AUGCGCACAUGUGAGCGGCUCGCACUGCCGGUGGGUAUCGUCACCACCACCCUUCUUCUCCUCUCCACCCUAGGCUCCAUGGCGGCCGCUGGCCCUGUGACGACCAACCCGGUGCAGCCGCUGCUCGACAUUCCAUUCUUCGCCACCGGCACCGCCCUGAGUGGGGGCAGCAAGCUGUUCAUCUCCUCCGAUGCGACCUGCACGAAGAGCCUCACGACUACGUGCUCCGUGAAGAGCGAGGUAAGCGGCAGCAGCUUCGGCAAUGGCACCUGCAUCUUCACAGUGGGCAGUGCGGCGCUUGAAGUGAAGCUGACUUCCCCCCGGACCUCUGUGCCAGUGGCCUACUGGUGCGUCGGGAGCCCCGGCUCCGCAAAGGAGGUGGCCACGCUGCAGAUGCACAAGAUGGAGGUCACGCCCGAGUACGUCUUCAACAGCGAAGAAUCUGUGCUCACCUUCGGCAGCGCAGUGCCGGUGGGGACAACGGUGGGGUUUUACGCUGACGACCUCUGCAGGUUCUUGCAUGCAGGAGGCGGUCCCUUUAUGAUAGCCAAAGAGCGCACUGUGAAGUUGACGACGAAACUUUCCUCUUCUUCACUUUUUAUCUGCGCCUCUACCUUCACUGUGAACGGAUCCAGCACACGAGUCACCCUGGUCAAUACAGUGCUGCUGGCAAACCCCUACACGGUGAAUCCCGCCACGGGUGUGCGCCACCAAACCAUAGCCGUCUCGAGUUCAACGCAGCCCUAUGCGCAGUUCUACCUCUCCACCAGGGCACACUGCGCGGACCCCCGCCCAGUAUUCCAAAGCUCUAUUGCCGGCCAAAUGAUCAUGAAAGUCGACGUACCCCGUGGUGAGUACCUCUUCUGCGGCUCACUCCUUGCGUCGGAGAAUGGGGUGUAUAUCCCCGCCACCAAUACGUUUACCGUCUUGGAGUACGAUGUGGUGCCGCGCACGCUGUACAUCGGCAAGGUGACCGAUAUGUCCUUUGCCCUCGACGCUGUCCCGGUGCAGACUGCGCUCGAAGCAGUCCUCUCCACGUCCGAGGACUGCACUGCCGCCAGUAGCUGGCAGAACACGUGGGGUAACCCAAUGCAGUGGAGCGCGAAGCUGCUGGGUGUCCACUACGCCUGCGUGCGCAGAAAGGACAACACGGCCGCCGUCGGCUACGCGAGUGUCAUCAUCGCGACGGAUCCGCCCACCACCAUUUUUGCUCCCGCCACCCCGGUGCGCGGCGUGUCGCUGCGCGUCACACUCACGCACGUCAACGCGACUAAAGCCUUCUUUAUAGUCGGUCUGUUCGCCUCGCCGGACUGCAAAACGCUGCUCGUGAGAGGCACCGCCAGCCCGGCCACUAGCGCCAGCGCCAGUCUUGCCGUGCCGCUCACCGCCCCAGACAGCCUGCACUACUGCGUGUCGAACCCGCUGAACAGCGAUCCAGCCAUGCAAGAAGAAGUCGUGCGCUACCACAAGCUGGAGACACUUGCGCCACAACCGUUCGCCCUGCAGUACGCGCCGCUGCGUCGUGGUGCGCGCCGGCGACCAUCACGCUGGACAGCACGGUGCACCUCGCGAAGGGCACGACGGUGGCGCUGGUGCGCGCAGACGCCAGCAAACCGCCGUGCGAAGCCACCGACAUGCCGAUACUUGACGUCGCCGGCGCUGCGUUCGUGCUUGGCCCCAUCACGUUCCCCGAGGCCGGCACUUGGGACGUGUGCGUACGCGAGCCCGGCGCAGACUACCUCGCCGUGCAACGUGUGA